CUUAUUUGCUCAACUAUCUUCUUUCUUACAAGUUUCUAUUUCAACCCCCUAACCAUUCUUAAGAUGGCUGAUGAAGAAAGUGAAGUUCAAACAGUACCACGCCAAAAAACUCCCAAGUUAAAUGAGAGGAUUCUUUCAUCUCUGUCAAGGAAAUCAGUUGCUGCACAUCCGUGGCAUGAUCUUGAAAUUGGACCUAAAGCUCCCUAUAUUUUCAAUUGUGUUGUUGAGAUAACAAAGGGAAGCAAGGUCAAAUAUGAACUUGACAAGAAGACAGGACUAAUUAAGGUUGAUCGGAUUUUGUACUCGUCAGUGGUCUAUCCUCAUAACUAUGGUUUCAUCCCUCGCACCUUGUGUGAAGACAAUGAUCCACUGGAUGUGUUAGUUCUCAUGCAGGAACCUGUUCUUCCGGGUUGUUUUCUGCGAGCCAAAGCCAUUGGACUAAUGCCUAUGAUUGACCAGGGAGAGAAAGAUGAUAAGAUCAUUGCAGUCUGUGCCGAUGAUCCAGCUUAUAAUCACUACACUGACAUCAAAGAGCUUCCCCCUCAUCGCCUUUGUGAGAUUCGUCGCUUCUUUGAAGACUACAAGAAGAAUGAGAACAAAGAGGUUGCAGUUGACCAGUUUUUGCCUUCCAACAAAGCUGCUGAAGCCAUCCAGUACUCUAUGGACCUUUAUGCAGAGUACAUAAUGCUCACCCUAAGGCGAUAAACACAUACAGGCUACAAUAUUCCACCAAUUACAAUAAGUCAUUUCAUCAAUGAUAGAUGAAGAUUUGAGGCAAAGAAACUUCAAGUUUUAGUUUUCGUGUUUCGGAUUAUGAUUGACCUUGUUCGGUUGAUUAAUCAAAAUGACCAGACAAUUUUGUUACAUUACAUGUUUAAAUUUGAUUGUAUUAUAAAUUAUAAUCACAAUUCUGCUACCUGGUACUUUCCAUUA